AUGGAAGGUACAGGCGGAGCCGCACUCACCCUGUUUGAAGGGUCCGUGAGGCGGCCAGGGGAGACAGCAGAUGUCGCUACGGUGGUGCGAAACUGGUGGGCCUACCCGGCGGUGGGCUUUGGUGCGAGUCUGGAGCUGCCGGUGCAGAAGUUCGAGGUUUUGGAUGCGGAGAAGACCGAGCUAGGCUCCGUGGUGGUGCCGAACAGCAUCUUCGGUCUGCCGAUUCGGAAGGACCUGAUCUUCAAGGCCUACUGGUAUCACCGCAGGAAGCUGGCCGGGUAUCAGGACACGAUGCAGCUCUACAAGUGGGAAUGGCCCGGGGCGAACCGGAAGGUGCGCUCGCAGAAGAAGAGCGGCAAGGGCCGGAUGGGCCGGCGCAAGGCCCCCGGAAAGUUUGAAGGCUCCCAUUGCCAUGCCUUGCGGCCCAAAGACUGGGGUGGGAGGAAGCUGAACAAGCGCGUGCUCUGGCAGGCCGUGCGGUGCAUGCUCUCCGUGAAGUUCGUGCAGAACUCCAUCAAGGUGGUGGAUUCCUUCAACUUGCAAAGCCACAAGACCAAGCACCUCGUGCUGCACCUCCGUCGCUUGCUGGGCCGCAGGUGUCACAGCGCCCUGCUGGUCCACGAAGGCCAUGUGGAUGUGAACGACAACUGCCGUUGGGCCUCGGCACACGUGCCGGCCAUCCGGCGAGAGAACGUGGAGGGCUUGAGUGUCUACAAUCUCCUCAAAUACCACCAGGUAGUGAUCACAGAGGCGGCUUUGACUAAACUGCUGAAGGAGAUCUUUCUCUUUCCACGUCGGCGGGCUUGGACACAGCGCUUUGCCACGCCCGACCAGCGCCCUGCGCCGGUUCCUUCGAAGGUGCCGGGCUGGAACCGCGCCUGGGUGGAGAAGAAGGAGCGCCUAAGAAACUCCGAGUUCCGCGCCCGGGAGUUCUUCCAGGAGUCCUUGAAGUGGAAGUGGUCCUCGGAGCUGAAGGGGCCGCUGAAGGUCCCGCGCACGGACGCUCUCAGCGGCUUUCGGGUCAAGGACUUCCUGCUCUCCCCCGAAGCGCCUGCCUGGGAGAAGCUCGAGAGCUUGUACGGGGACGAGGAGCCGCUGGAGGAGGAUCUGGACGACGAGGAGUUCUCUGAGCUUGUGGAGAACUUGGAUGCUCUCCGCAGCCGCGGCGAGGCCCGGGGCGACGCUCUCGACAGGUCGGACGUGGCCGAGAAAGGUCUUCGGCAGCUGGCUGCUGCACUGCAGCAGAAGCAGAAAGGCUAG